AUGGCGAUACCAUGGAGGCAGUGUUGGAGGAGGAAUGCAGGGUCUACCGGCAUUAGUUUACUUGAAUUAUUUUGCGGAACCAAUGGAAGACCCAUGUCGAUUGCUGCCUCAUCGAUAAGGAGGACCGACACUUUAGGGGGCGUAGCUAAUCAGGAACAGAUUCCAGGCAGGCCUGUGUUUUUAAAUUCAGUUACAUCAAACAUUCUAUCAAGGCACAAAUCUCCAUUGCUGUACUACACACCAAGAGCAUGCUGUUGCAGAAGGAUACACAGUGACGCCAAAUUAAAAGAGCCCUUCACUCUGGCUCAGAAUGACUUGAAAAACAUAUAUGAGGAUAUUAAAAAGGAGCUUUUUGUCUCUACGACAGAGCUGAAGUCACUAUGUGAUUAUUAUUUUGAUGGCAAAGGCAAAGCCUUUCGACCAAUGAUCGUGGUGCUAAUGGCCCGGGCCUGUAACAUCCACAGCAACAGAGCCGGGGAACUUCUACCAGCGCAGCGCUCCAUAGCCAUGAUCUCCGAGAUGAUCCAUACUGCCAGCCUGGUGCACGACGAUGUCAUUGAUGGCUCUGACAAGCGCAGGGGGAAGACCACUAUCAAUGAGAUGUGGGGGGAGAAGAAGGCGAUCCUGGCCGGAGAUUUCAUCCUCUCGGUAGCCUCUAUGGCACUGGCACGGAUUGGCAACAAUACCGUGGUGUCGGUGCUGGCACAGGUCAUUGAGGAUCUGGUCAGAGGCGAGUUCAUGCAGCUGGGUUCUAAGGAGAAUGAAAAUGAGAGAUUUAAGCACUACCUCGAGAAAACAUUCAAGAAGACGGCGAGCCUCAUCGCCAACAGUUGUAAAGCAGUUUCAAUUUUAGUGAACUCCGACCCUGAAGUCCACGAGAUAGCGUUCCAGUAUGGCAGGAACGUCGGCAUUGCAUUUCAGCUGGUAGAUGAUGUGCUGGACUUCACAUCUUCUGCCAACCACCUGGGCAAGCCCUCCGCAGCAGACCUCAGGCUUGGCCUGGCCACUGGGCCCGUCUUAUUCGCCUGUCAGCAGUUCCCUGAACUCCAUGCCAUGAUCAUGAGGCGGUUUAGCACCAGUGGGGAUGUGGACCGUGCCUGGCAGUACGUCAUGGAGAGUGAUGGCGUGAAGCAGACAAACUACCUCGCCCAGCACUACUGCCAGGAGGCCAUCAGGCAGAUCAGUCGUCUGCAACCUUCGCCCGAGCGCGACGCCCUCAUCCGUCUCACCGAGCUGGUCCUGACCCGAGACAAGUGAUCCCUAGGCGCCCCACCUUGACUACCAUCUCCAAACACUGGGCGCCCUUCCAGGCAGCUAUACCUCUAGGGAACCGCAAGAGGCCAAAGGGGAAAGGGAGAGGAGAGAAGAUGGAGGUGUAGUGGCUACAUUACCAGAGGGUUCCUUCCUGAAACACUUAAAAAAACAAAAAAGGUUCAGAGAGAGCAAAAUGAAUGAGAUUUAUUUACACUGCUGACAAUUGUAUGCUUGUUACUGUACUGUAUUAGCAGAUGUCUGCUCCCAUCAAUGCUCAUAACCGUCUUGGUGUACAGCCAUAUAGGAAGGGAUGGGGGUAGGAUCUGUGUUUUUAAAGUUCAUUUGUAAUUCCAAAUGUGACAAGUUGAGGUAUCACCCUGAUAAAGUGUGUGUGUACACUUGAGCUUAUUUGUGUGUGUGGACAUGUUGCCUGUCGCCCCAAUAUCCGUCCACACCACAACCAAACAAACAGAAAAGGCCAAACUGUCAUCAUGAAGAAUAAGUCUGACGGAGGAUGUUGUUUCAUAUGUGCUUCGUCUGUAAGUGCUCAACAACAACCACCAAGGCCUUAUGUACACAAAAAAAUAAACAAUAUUUUUUAAGUUAA